AUGGCUUCAACUGCAGGCAGAGUGAAUGGUCUCAUGCGAUCGAAUGAGGCACUGCCGCUGACGGUCAACGAGCUUACGAAGCAUUGGUUUACUCAGAUUCUCAACAAGUGUGUUCAAAAUGUUGAGGUCAUCGAGACCGUCCACGGAACGGCUUCCAAGAUAUCGAUCAAGUUGACGUUCGAGAAUGGUAACAGUGACAGCGCCAGUAACGUUUGCGUCAAAGGCGGAUUCAAUACCGACAUUCGAGAGACUUUGCCUUUCCUCUACGCCAUUUACCGACGUGAAGCUGAGUUCUACUACUAUCUUGCCCCAAAGCUCAAGAUCCCUCUCCCGGUGGUAUCAUAUACUGGCACAGAUACUGUGAACGGACAGGGUAUCGUUGUAAUGGCCGAUCUCAAAGCCCAAGGCUACACAUUUGGUAACCCACUUGAGACAUGGCCGGUUGAGAGAGCGAAGAUGAGUGUCGGGCAGCUAGCUAUCCUUCAUGCCAGCACCUGGGGAGAUAAAGGUGACUCAAUUCCCUCAGUGAGCGGAACUGUUACAAUCAGAGAUGCAAUCCUAGGUUUGCUGGCUCCAGAAGAAUGGGAUAAACGUUUUGCUCCAGAUGCGAGACCUCCAGUCCCUAGGUUUAUGGAGGAUAGAGAGCGCAUGACUGCAACAUUCAAGGCUCUUUGGGAAUCAGACUCCAAAAUGAAGUGCCUCGUCCAUGGUGAUGCACACAUUGGAAACACAUUCAUAUCACCCACAGGAGAGCCUGGUUUUCUCGACUGGCAAAUCACCCAUGCUGCAUCGGCCUUGCACGAUGUUGCUUACUUCAUCGGCGGGUCACUGUCAAUUGAAGAUCGCCGCACUCAUGAGAAAGACCUCUUGCAGUCGUACCUCAGCACCCUGAAGCACGCGGGCGGUCCGCAACUUGAGAUCGAGGAUGUUUGGGAAGAAUACCUACGACAAACCUUUCACGGCUUUGCGUGGGCCCUUGCUGGGCCACUGAUGCAGAGCCGCGAGAUUGUUGAUGCCAUGGUGGAACGACACUGCGCGGCGAUUGUCGAUCACAAGAGUAUAGAAUUACUUGAGGGCCAGUCAGUGUGA